AUGGCUUUAUCAUCAGCUCCUGACAUCUUGGAUCUGAUGCCGCCUGAUUCGAAGAGAUGGCACUGCAACGACAGUUGGGUGCGCGCAACUGAUAUUUACGAGGUCCUCUCCGAACCCCUACUGCUUCCCAUAUCGACCUACAGUCGGGGUAAGCUUGGAAAAUGUAUCGACAUUAGCCGCCUCAAAACCUUUCGGUGCACAAUCGACGAAGCCAAAGCGCAAUCUCUCACAGCUGUCGAGCAUUUCAUGAUGGCGCUGGAUCAAUACAAUAUUGACCCGACUCGGACAACUCUCAAGCUGGAGAGGGACCAGAAAUGCAUGUGGGAUAUACUGGAUCACCAGACAACCGGCAGCUCCAAUGCUCUGGAGUAUCUGGGGCUCACUGCCAAUUGCAUUUACCUGGAUUUCGCUGUCCGCUACAGACUGGAGGUGUGCGUUAGCAGAGGAUAUCUCAGAGAAUAUGCCCUUGAUGCUGUAUUCUUGGAGAAGCUGGCAUCGCUGGAUGUCGCAAAAGCAAGCCGGAUGUUGGAUUACAUCGCGGAUCAAGAGCUGCAAGUCGAAGACCCCAUGCAAAUCUUUGAAGACGCUAAGUUUCUUUGCGCGCCUGCAAAGAAGCGCAUUCCACAUUAUUGUUCACUUGUUCUCAAGGUCAACAUCACGCCGACAUGCUUGAAGCUGAACUUGCCGAAUGUCGAGAGUUCAAACCGGGUCAUGCGAAAGUACAACAACUUGCACGACAGAUUUCUUCGCGUGCAAUUCCUUUCGGAAACAGAGUCUGACCGCAUUGCAAAAGACCGCUACAACAACGACGACGUAUGGAAACGACUUUUGCGCGCGUUACACAAAGGCAUCCGGAUUGGUGAUCGCACAUACGAGUUUCUGGCAUUUGGAAACUCCCAACUACGGGAAGGCAGCGUGACCUUUUUUUGCCCAACAGCGUAUCUUUCGUGCGAUGACAUUCGCAAGUGGCUGGGCAACUUUGAUCAUAUCCGCAACAUUGCUAAAUUUGGAGCUCGUAUCGGCCAGUGCUUCUCGACCACGCGAGAGGUUCGCGGUAUUCGUGUGCCCACCGUCCGCCUCAUUGACGACAUUGAGACCGAGGGCGAGUGCUUUAGCGACGGGGUGGGCAUCAUAUCGGGCCUCCUCGGGAAGCUGGUUGUGGACGAGAUGAAACUGGACGUCGUCGGAGAGCCCUCUGCCUUUCAAUUUCGCAUGGGCGGCGCCAAGGGCGUCCUUGCCGUGUGGCCGCGCGAAUACGCCAAGCACAUGGAGGUUUGCGUGCGGAAAUCCCAAAUUAAAUUCACCACCGAGGCAAACACGCUUGAAAUCGUCAAGUGCGCCAAGACGACGACGGCAACGCUCAAUCGCCAGACUAUUAUCAUUUUGGAGCACCUCGGUGUCUCCUGUGGAGCGUUUCUGGAGCUGCUGAACGCACACAUCAAGCAAUACGAAGAAGCCAUGACGGAUCGGACUGCCGCCAUUGAUCUCUUGACCAAAUUCGUCGACGAAAACCAGACCACUGUCAUUAUCGCUGAGCUUCUCAAGGCGGACUUCCAAGACCCUUUUGUCAAGAAUCUGCUGAAACUCUGGCGGUCCUGGUCUCUAAAGCUCAUGAAGGAGAAGUGCCGAAUCCACGUUGAGAAGAGCGCGUUUGUCAUGGGGUGCGUUGACGAGACGGGCACAUUGCAAGGCCACUCAAAAAAGACAGAGGGAUCCAAUACAAAGAGAAUGGACGACCUGCCUCAGAUCUUUCUCCAAAUUAGCAAUCGAAAGUAUCGAAACAAGACGACAAUCAUCAAAGGUCUCUGUCUUAUCGGUCGCAACCCGUCACUACAUGCUGGCGACAUUCGGGUGGUUCAGGCGGUUGACAUGCAAUGUUUGCGACAUCUGAAAGAUGUCGUCGUGUUCCCUUCCAAGGGAGAUCGGUCCCUUCCGAGCAUGCUUUCUGGAGGCGACUUGGAUGGCGACGACUACUUUGUCAUCUGGGAGCCGACCCUGAUGCCCAAAGUCUGGAACACACCGCCGAUGCAUUCUGAGCCGGUGAACCCGCAGAACUUGGACAGAGAUGUCGAGGUGAACGACUUGCGCAACUUUGUUGUCAAGUAUAUGAAGAAUGACUUUUUGGGGCUCAUUGCCUACUCGCACCUCGCGCAUGCAGAUAAAAAGGGAGUCAAUUCUCCCAUGUGUUUGCAACUCGCUGAGCUUCACUCACAGGCUGUCGACUAUCCAAAAACCGGGAUUCCCGCAGAAUGGACCCGAGCAAAGUACCAACCCAAAGAGUGGCCGCAUUUUAUGCAGCCAAAAAGCAGAACGUACCACUCUCGUCGCGCACUCGGCAAACUUUACGACCGCGUAGCCCACGAAAACUUUGACUACGUCCCCAGCUGCGAGGACGAGUUUGACUCGAGAGUCAGCCAAGGCAUCCACUUGACCGACGACAUCCUGGCAAUCGCUAGAGACAUCAAGACCGAGUAUGACCAGGCUGCGCGGCGUCUGCUGAAGCAGUUCCGCCUCGCGACCGAGUUUGAGCUCUACUCUGGCUGGGCCAUGUCCAAGCCGGCGGUCGGCUCGGACUACAAGCGGCAAGAGGAUCUCGGGCAGCAGUUUGGCGCGCUCAAGCAGCGGUUCCGCGACAUGUGCAUCCAGGCGGCAGGCGAAGCGGGCGGCGGCCAGCUGGAAGUUCUGGUCGCGGCCAUGUACAAGGUUACGCAGGACGAGGUCAAGUGCUUCCUGGCCGCGGCCGAGGGGGGGGAUUUGACUUGUUCGUCCAAGCCCAUGCCGCUCAUUGGCUUCCCGUGGAUCUUCCAUUGGGUGCUCGUCAAGAUUGCCAUGGGCCGCGACUACAAGCCGCUCGAGACGAGCUUGGCGGCCGCCGUGCGUCCUACACCGAUGGCGCCCGCUCGCAAGACGGAUGACGAUGCACCGCGGGUUGUGGAUGCGCCCACAGAGCCACGAAUGUCCAUCGAAGAGCCAAAAUCAGCCGGCAAGGUCAAGGAACAAGCUAAUCUGCUCGAUUUCGGUGCCGCGGACGUCGACGCGAAGCCAGCGACAACUCCCUAUGAGACACCUGACGAGACUGCCGAGAGCGUAGCCCUGUCACGGGGCGCAAAGGGCCAUGAAAUGGUGGCAAGAGAGUCUGAUUCAGGCGCACAAUCGCUUGGUUCCCUCGAGCCAUGCAGGGAACGGUCGCCAGGUGUGCCGCACACGGUGCCCAGCCCACCUAUUUCGGGCCAUCUGGAGUACCGGGAGUCGGGGAUGGACCGACUGCUGCGGUUGUAUGAGGACUCUGAGGACUCUGAGGAGGACUAG